ACAAAUGGGUGAUGCUCUAACCAAACUUAAUAUUGAAAAAAAUGGAAAAGGAGACAAAUGGAAGAUGCAAAAAACAAAGAAAAUAUAAAAAUAUUUGGAAAAGGAGAUUGUCCAGGUAGUCGACAUAAAUGUCCACUGGGUCCAUGGUGUUGCGAUGACCAUGGCAAUGCUAGAGAUUGUCCGCAUUCAUUUUGUCGAGCCAUUUGUUGUCCGGAAAAUUAUACAUGUCGUCGAAAAUUUGACGAACCCGAAUCGGAAUUGGAUAGACAAAUUUAUGACUAUUAUUGCAAAAGUGAUGGUCAAGAUGAUGGUGGACAAAGUGGAGGUCAAAAUGGAGGUCAUGGAGGUCAAGAUCAAGGUGGUCAAGAAGGUCAAAGUGAACAAGGAGGACAAGAUGAAGGUCAAGGAGGACAAGAUGGAGGUCAAGGAGGACAAGAUGGAGGUCAAAUAGGACAAGAUGAAGGUCAAGGAGGUCAAGAUGGAGGUCAAGGAGGACAAGAUGGAGGUCAAGGAGGACAAGAUGGAGGUCAAGAUGGAUAAUAAUCUAAAAGUUAU